GCUACGGCUACAGCCUGCGGUUUGUGGUAAACAGUGACGAGCGAUACGUCGUAGUUAGAGAGCGCUAGCAUUUUGAGCAACCCAGCUGCUCGUUGUAAGUUAUUCAAAAAAGCAAACUCACUCGUCGCUUUUCAGAGUUGACAGGGACCGGCAAAUAAUGGGAAGGAGUUUACGCAGCUCCUGUACCGUCGCUCGCCCUGCCUAUCCCCCAGCCCCGGUCUUUCCUCGCUCCGUUAGUCCGUCUGGAUCAGCGACUGGAGCCUGCUAGCUCUGUCUGCCCGCCGCCCGCUUGCACUCGCCCUGCUAACACACCGCCAAAAUGGUGUUCUUAUUAAAUCCUCUGGAGAACCUGAAGACCUACAUAAGUAACCGUCCACCGCUGGUCAUAUUUAUGGUCAGUGUCAGUGCUGUGGCCAUCACUUUCCUCACAAUUGGAUAUUUCUUCAAGAUCAAGGAGAUUAAAUCACCUGAAAUGACAGAGGACUGGAACACAUUCCUUCUUCGCUUCAAUGAGCUGGACUUCUGCAUCUCCGAGAACGAGACGCUGAAGCAUGGCCUGAACGAGUCCACAACUCCAGAGAGCACGGUGACCAGCAGCCAGUCACGUUCCAGUACUCAGGCCCCUCUGCUGCUAGAGGACCCUGGCCCCAUCAACAUCUCUGUCCCUAUCACGCUCACCUUGGACCCCCUGAGGCCAUUCGGGGGCUAUUCACGCAACAUCACCCACCUCUAUGCCAGCGUGAUUGGGCAGCAAGUUGGUUUGGCUGGCAGGGAAGCCCACGAAGAGAUGAACAUCACCUUCACUCUGCCUGCAUCCUGGAACUCUGAUGAAUGUGUGCUGCACGGUCAUUGUGAGCAGGUGGUCUUCAGCACUUGCAUGACCAUUACUGCAGCCAGUAACGUCUUCCCUGUCACAGUGCAGCCACCCCACUGUGUUCCAGAGACGUACAGCAACGCGACAUCCUGGUACAAAAUCUUCACCACAGCACGGGACUCGGACACCAAAUACACACAGGACUACAAUCCGUUUUGGUGUUACAAAGGUGCCAUUGGGAAGGUGUACCACGCUCUGAACCCCAAACUCACUGUCAUCGUUCCAGACGAUGAUCGCUCCCUCAUCAACCUGCACCUAAUGCACACCAGCUACUUCCUGUUUGUGAUGGUGAUUACAAUGUUCUGCUAUGCAGUCAUCAAAGGCAGACCUGGCAAAGUAAGACAGACCAACCCAGAUUUCUGUCCAGAAAAGGUGGCCUUGUCAGAGGGAUAAGCGGGGUCAAAGGUAGACAUACGGACUGAACCAUAUCAGCAGUAGAGGGGCGCAUCUGAACUGAACCAUAUCAGAAAUAGGGGUGGGAAAGAAAAAUACUUGUUGCCUACUGAACCCUGGAGAUGGGUGCAAAAACUCUGUAAUGCGAAUCUCUGCAACGUUGGGUCACUCCAACCAAAGACUUUCAAGUGCCUGUGUCUACUGUGUAAAUAUUUGUAGGACCCUUAAAUUCAGUACAGAAGCACUCUGCCUAAAUCCUCCCUUUCCCCAUGUGCCAUCCAUGUCCAAGUCCUCCCCACGCAAUAUCAUCUGAGAAUAGAGAAGUAUGGCGGGAUGGGCAACAGCACUUCCACAUAUUAUCAUCAUCCAGUGUCAUGUUUGAUUUUUCUGCACCUUUUUUGCUGGUCGCAUGCAGAAAGUCAUGGCUACCUGUGACGUCUCUUGUGGUGAUCAGCCAUGGCUUUCCUUGGAGAGGACGGACUGUUGUUUUGUUUAUUUUUUCUUUGCCUUCUCGUUUGCCCUCGUGUCUUUUGUCGUUCCUUCAUGAAGGAUCUUCAGUGGCGUUUAUCAGAUAUGGCUUGGACUAGUGUCUGCUCUUUGGCUCUGGAAGGUGAUAUUUGAUUCUAGUAGGAGAGUAGGCCAGCAGACUCAUUAUAAAUAUUAUGGUCUGGAAUUUUUGUUUUUGUUGGUUUUUGGAGGACCAUGUCACAUAAUUUGACUUCCCCACUGAUUUUUGCCUUUUUGUUGUACACCCAAAGUGUGCAUACAUGCUACCUAGUUAUCAAAAGAUGCAAGGGUCCUUCCUCAUUAUAUAAAACGAACUGUAAAAGAGACCAAGACCCGAAAAACAGGAUGAUGUUUGGAUUGGUUGAUGAUUUGUCUGGUUUGUGAUCCAUCGGGUAUAACUGAAUGUUUUGAUUGUAAGUAGCUC